CCGCGGUUGCCAUGUCGACGGCGCGCCCGAGCGCCGAGCUGCUGAAUACAGCGACGAUGACGUCGACAUCGACGUCCACGCUGCCAGUGACGCUGUCGCCAACAGACGCGGUGCCCGAGUCGGUGAUGGUGGGCGUGAACGGCAGCUUCCAGCAGGACUCGGCGCUGGAGUGGGAGCUGGUGCAGCGGAGACUCCAGUGCGAGCAGCGCCUCGCCUCCAGCCGCAACGUCACACCUGCCGGGCUCUUCUGUCCCGGCCUGUUUGACGGCUGGUCCUGCUGGUUCGACACACCCGCGGGCGUGACCGCCCACGCCCCGUGUCCCGACUUCAUCACCGGAUUCGAACCUAACCGGACGGCGCACCGACACUGCGAGAGCAACGGCACGUGGUUCCGACACCCUGAGACGGGCGCCGGCUGGUCCAACUACACCACCUGCGUCAACCUGGACGACCUCAACUGGCGGACGCAGGUGAACCUGGUGUACGUGGCCGGCUACUCCGUGUCGCUGGUCGCGCUGGUCAUCGCGCUCGCCGUCCUCUCCUACUUCAAGUCGCUGCGGUGCGCGCGCAACACGCUGCACACGCACCUGUUCGCGAGCUUCGCGGCCAACAACGCGCUGUGGCUGUCGUGGUACGGCGCUGUGGUGCCGCGGCCCGCCGUCGUGUUCGCCAACGGCGCGGGCUGCCGGCUGCUGGCGGCCGCGCUCAGCUACGGGAUGCUGGCCAGCUACACGUGGAUGCUGUGCGAGGGCCUCUACCUGCACACGCUGCUCGUCGCCGCCUUCGUGUCCGAGGCGCGCCUCGUGCGCGUGCUCGCCGGCCUCGGCUGGGGGCUGCCCGCCGCCCCCGCGCUCGCCUACAGCGUGCUGCGCGCCACCGACACCGACCCCGCAGAGAGCGGCCAGUGCUGGAUCAACGACAGCAAGUACCUGGCGGUGCUGGUGGCGCCCGUGUGCAUCACGAUGGCGCUGAACCUGCUCUUCCUGUGCAACAUCGUGCGUGUGCUGCUCACCAAGCUGCGUGCCGGGCCGCGCGUGGGCUCCAGCCGGCCGUCCAGCACGCUGCUCCAGGCUCUGCGUGCGGCGCUGCUGUUGGUACCCUUGCUGGGUCUGCACUACCUGCUGACGCCGUUCCGGCCCGAGAAGGAUCACCCCUGGGAGAAGGCCUACGAGCUCAUCUCCGCCGUCACCGCCUCCUUCCAGGGCCUGUGCGUGGCAACGCUGUUCUGCUUCUGCAACGGCGAGGUAAUGGCAGCAGUCCUGGGUUCGAGGACUGGCGUCCGCCCGCCGUGGCUGGCGCCGCUGACAGAGCUGCGCCUGUAGAGUCGGCAGACCCGCGGCGCACGCUAAACUGCCUGCGGCCGCCUCACGCAGUAGCUAGUAGCUAGCGGCUAGCUGCUAGCCAGUAGGAGUAGCCAGUAGCCACGCACUCACACACAGUAGCCCUGCAUGUCGCCCGUCACUGCUGUAGCUCUUGCGACUGCCUGCAGGGGUGAUGGGAGCUCUGCUUUCGAGAUUUACAUCUUAGGUUUUUCUCCCCUAUUUUCACCUUUUCCUACACGAUAUCUGUUUCACUCCGCAGCAUUAAGUUAGAAAUAAUUGUUUUGACGUGCUGCAUUCUUGAAGCAGUGACUGUUACAUGUUUCCAUCAAAAUUUCGAAUACUUCUGAUGAGUUAAUUGUUUAUCCCAUAAAAUUAUUCGGUACAAUUCAGAUGGAGGAGAGAGACAUCAUGGAUGACGAAAGAGUCUAUUUUAAUAUUUCUGGUAGUCUGUUUUCAGAUUAUAAACGAAUUGUAGGAACGUACUUCGUCCUUAAUCUGUUGCCGAAAGAAGUACGAUACUAACUGAAGGGCUUAUAAAGGCGGCUGUUCCUGUCUGCAUGUGAAAAAUAAUCAGCAUUUAGUGGUAUGUGGAACAAGUAUAGUACUAAAGUACCAGCACACCCUAUAUUUUUGUCCUAUCCUAAGCUCUCUUCUUAGCAAACGAUAUCACAUUUGUAAUAGCGUUCUUCAGAAACCAAUGUUAUUUUGUUAAGAACUGGCUUUACUUGUUCUUGAAAACGCCGUUAAUUCUACCUUUGCAUUUAUCAAAGCUUAUUUUCCAACUACUAUCUUAUCCUAAAUAUUCAGUAUUUAUGUAUUAUUUGGCGAUAACCCUCAAGUUUACAAUGGUGUCUUAGUCUGCAAACUGUAUUCGUAAGGGAUCUAUGGGAUCAUAGAAUGAUUAGACAUCUUCCUUAUAAGGAAAAUUAAAUAUUUUAACUGACAUCACUCUCCCGUUUAUGACAGAAUUUAAGCUCAUAAGUCGGACGUGAAUGACUGUGAGAAAUAUCUUUACACUGUACCAUCUCGUUGCUUAAAUCAUAUUAAAACAGUUCGUCGGAGUGACAGAUGAAUCUGGAACCUGUCAUUUUACGAUCAUUCCUGAUAUCGCUUCAGCAAUCCAGGCACAAUUCACGGUUACUUCAAAGAACAAAGUCCUUACUAGUACCGUCUAAAAAUCACGUAGUAAACUAUUGACAAUUAUUUAAGGUGUAGCUCAAGUUAUUUUACAGGAAUACGUACUAAAUAACAGUUAAUUAUCUGAAUGUUUCAUAAUUUACGAAUCUGUUUCACAAUGGUGGCAUCAGAAUGUAAGAGGAUAGUUUCCUGGACGUGUCCAUGACUGCAAGGCGUGAACGAGUUUAAAUUUUAUACUGAAUUCCUCCGGUGUGCACUCUUCCUGUCCAAAAUAAGUUUAAAUAUUUUAUGUUUGUGUCUUGUUUUCCUGAAUGUAUGUU